AUGACCAGCAGAACAUGCAUCUGUCGGGUAACUGCUGGUAUUCUGUUUUUGAUCGGUGCCCUUCUCCUAGUUGCUGGUCUCGUCAUUGUUCUCGGAGUGUUCCCGAAUAUUGUCAACAAUCAAAUUAAUGACGGAAAAGUAUUAGGACUGAAUGAUGACGGAACACUGAACUCAUUUGCCGAUAGUUGGGUAAACUCAAAAUAUGUUUCAACAAUGCAAUAUUGGGUGUACGAUUACACAAACACUAUUGGUAUCAUGAACAGAGCCCUAUACCCGGAUGUUAGAGAAAAGGGACCAUACGCAUAUGAUGAAAUCAUCACUAUGGACCAUGUGAAUUUUACGGAUAAUGGAAAUUUCAUGGAGUUCCGGCAAGUUCAAACCUUCGUGUUCAAUCCCAACAAGUCUUGCCCAGGGUGUGACCCGUACAAAGAUAAAGUUUUGAUUCCUGAUAUGGGAUUCCAAGUAGGAAUUGACACGCUUGACUCAACUAUUGAGGCUCUAUUAAAGAAUCCGAUAGCUGUUCAGAUUUGUCAACUUAUCAUGACAAAGAGAAAUGCUCCAGAUCCAGCGCAGUCCUGUAAAAAUCUUGCGGCUUUGAUCGAAGGAGAAAUCGGAACACUUAUUAGUCUGUUCAACGUUGGACCGUUCGUAACUGUGACCGUUGAUCAAUUAUUGUUCUCCGGCUACAAGACUCCAUUUGUUGACAAAUUUGUGAAUCAGGCGUUGGCUAUGCUUCACUUCCUUUUUGGAACACCACCCAACCCGAUUCCAAACCCUCCGAUUCAACUAAAUCCACUUAAUGGUACCAGUGACAUUAUAAACACUGUACUAACAGGGAAAUCAGAUCCUCUCCUUGCUGGAUACAUGACGUCGUUUAGAAGUAUUUCAAAUGAUUCAAUGUUCAAUAGUGUUGGAAGCACCCUCCCUCCAAUGUGGUGGCCAUUUGCUAACAAAACAUACUGCAAAGACCCAAUAUCUGCUCUGACUAUUGUGGGAACAAAUGGAGAUUUCUUCAAAAACUUUGUCAAGAAGACGGAUGUUCUACCAGCAUUUGUAUCAGAUGUCUGCAGAACAAUACAUUUCAAAUUUGAUCGUGAGGUUACCGUAAAAGGAUUCACUGGAUAUCGCUUCAUCAUGCCACCAACUCAAUUCGACUAUAGUUUGGACGAAAAUUGCGGAUUCUGUAUUCCACUGAAGUAUGGAGCAUAUGAGUAUCCACCACAUAGUGCUUGUCUUCCGAGUGGUUUGUUGGAUAUCAGCGGAUGUACUGGUGGCCCAAUUAUUAUGUCAAAACCGCACUUCUAUCAAGCCGAUAAAAUGGUUUCAAGAUUUGUACCAAGGUUCAAACCAACUUAUGAUAAUGAUGAAACUAUGUUGGAUAUUGAGCCGAACACCGGAACAGUACUUCAAGCACAGAAACGUCUUCAAAUCAAUAUGUUAGUGAAUCAAUACAAACACGUUAGGUCUUUUUCUGUUAUGAGACCGGGAGCAUAUCCAUUGGCUUGGGUUAACGAGUCCUUCUACAUGGACCAGAACACUAUUGAUCAGCUGAAUUCUCAACUUUUCGGACCUGUUAGCACUGUGCACACGAUUUGCUGGGUUGCAGUUGGAGUUGGAAGUGGUCUCAUCGCUCUGUCAAUUGUCAUGGUUGUUGUAUCAUUCUGCUGUUUCCAAGACGAACAUCACAAAGUUUCAUAA